AUGGCUUCCCAGAAACUACCCCCACAUCUGACUGGGCAGCUAGAUGUCCUUAUGAUCGAUAAUUUCGAUUCAUUUACAUGGAAUCUUUAUCAGCAACUUUGUCUUCAAGGAGCUGAAGUUACCGUCAUCCGCAACGAUGCCAUAUCACCGUCCUUGUUCCCCCAACUUCAGAUCAAGUCUCUUGUGAUUUCUCCCGGGCCAGGACACCCUCAGACUGACUCAGGUAUCUCAAAUGCCGCGAUCAGGUAUUUCCAAGGCAAAGUCCCUGUCCUGGGGGUGUGCAUGGGUUUGGAAUGCCUUGUAGAUUUGUAUGGUGGAAAGAUUGCCUACGCUGGAGAGAUUAUGCAUGGCAAAGUCAGUGCUGUUCGACACGAUGGUCGGGGUUGCUUUAGAGGGGUUCCUCAAGGCAUCAAGUCCAUUCGGUAUCAUUCUCUGAGCGCGGAUCAGACCACACUUCCAGCUGAGCUGGCCAUUACUUCAGCAACCGAAGAAUCUGGGGUUAUUAUGGGAGUGCGCCAUCGACAGUAUACCGUUGAGGCGGUCCAAUAUCACCCCGAGAGCAUCCUCAGUGAAGGUGGAAAUGAACUUAUCCGAAACUUCCUUUCCCUUCGUGGUGGAACAUGGGAAGAAAAUCCGGAGAGCCGAGUAUUAGAUAACACCCUUCCCCCAUUUCCUUUUGAAGCGCUUUCAAAAGAUAUUUCUUCAAAACCAGGAGUAAAGGCCAAAGUGCCCACUAUCUUGGAAAAAAUCUACGCACAGCGCCUUGCUGAUGUCGCACUCGCACAAAAUACUCCAGGAACUACGUUAGCUGACUUGGAGAUACUUCUUUCACUUAAUAUCGCCCCACCCCUUAUUUCUUUCGUUUCUCGGAUCAAACAAACUGUCCCUGGACAGCCAUCGUUAUUUGCUGAAAUCAAGCGAGCAUCACCCUCCAAAGGUCCCAUCUCGGUUUCUACUUCUCCCGCAAAGCAAGCGUUAACGUAUGCACUCUCUGGAGCGCACACAAUUUCGGUUUUAACUGAACCAAAAUGGUUCCUGGGAUCACUACAAGAUAUGCUACACGCUCGUCUCAGUGUGGCUCACCUUCCUAAUCGACCAGCAAUAUUGCGGAAGGACUUUAUUCUGAGUCGGUAUCAAAUUUUAGAGGCACGUUUAUGGGGUGCAGAUACUGUCCUCCUGAUCGUUAGCAUGCUCCCAGAGGCUUUGCUCAAAGAUCUAUAUGCUUUCAGCUUGGAGCUCAACAUGGAGCCUUUGGUUGAAGUCAAUAAUGCAAAGGAGAUGGAAAUCGCGCUCGCAUUGCAGGCAAAAGUUAUUGGGGUCAACAACCGAAAUUUGCACGACUUUCAGGUAGAUAUGGGGACGACGAGCCGACUUAGCGACAUGGUAAAAGGGAAAGACGUUACGCUAUGUGCUUUGAGCGGCAUCUCGACUGCAGAGGACGUUAAACGCUACGCGUCUGAGGGGGUAGGCGCUGUUCUGAUCGGAGAGAGCUUGAUGCGCGCUAAAGACACCGCUGCCUUCGUCCGUGAACUCUUUUCAGUUCCACCCUCUCCACCACAGCCUCCAGCCUGGCGAUCAAAUCCACCUUUGGUAAAGAUCUGUGGGAUCAGGUCCACACAGGAAGCAUUACUGGUCGCCGAAGCUGGGGCUGAUAUGCUCGGCCUAAUGUUUGUAAAAACCUCCAAGCGUGCUAUCACAGUCCAUGAAGCUCAAGAGGUGUCAAAGGCCAUUCGUAAUUUACGUUUCCAGAGAUUCACGUCAGAGCAAGUUGAACCAGUCGACCAAAGUAAUGUGCCAUGGUUUACAACCCAAGCCACCCGGCUUUCAUCCACAAAAUAUCGUCCUCUGCUGGUUGGAGUCUUCCAAAACUCAUCUUUAGAUGACAUUUUGCAGACGGUUGCUGCAGUUCAACUCGACAUUGUCCAGCUACAUGGAUCAGAGCCCAUUGAUUGGGCCCAUCAUAUUCCUGUUCCUGUAAUUCGAGUUUUCCACGUCAGCAAGUCCGGAAAGGGGCUCGAAAAUAUAACACGCGCAGGCGCUCAUCAAUAUAUACUUCUUGACAGUAUGAGGGAAGAUGGCAGUGGGGUCAGUGGUGGGACAGGGAAAGUCGUGGACUGGGAUUUGGCCAAAAGAAUUGUGAUUGAUGGCGAAAUAGUUACUAACAUUUCAUAUGCGAAGAAGGCUACACUUCCGGAGAGCCAAAACGAGACACCAGAUGGUGGCGAGAGAGCGGAUAGCCCCGCAACUCCAUCAACAAGCCAAACCUCACCACCAUCAACCUUCCCGUUACCUAUCAUCCUCGCUGGUGGCCUAACCCCGGACAAUGUAGCAAGUGCUAUUACUCACGUUCAGCCAUGGGCCGUAGACGUCAGCGGGGGUGUUGAAAGCGAUGAUGGGCUUGGAAAGGAUCUGCAAAAAGUGAAAGCCUUCAUCUGUAACGCCAAAGGCACUUCUAUUGAAUCAGCUAUGAACGGAAAUGAGCAAGACGUUGCACCAGAGGAGACCUGA